GGGAAGGAAGUUGGGGAUUGAGAGGAUCUGGGUCUUGUUUGUUUGAGGGAAGGAAAGUCAUAAGACAAGAAAGAGAGGGAAGGGAAGGCAGGAACGGGAAGAUUGGGAUUGGAACGGGAUGGUUUUGCGGUGGUAUCAAGCGAAGCUCAGGUCGGCGCCGGUGCUGACGCAGAGUGUAACGACGGCAAUUCUCUUCGCAGCGGGGGACGUGCUCUCGCAGCAGGCGGUCGAGAAGGCCGGAUGGGAGAGGCAUAGUCUGGCCAGGACGGGCCGUAUGGCUGCGUAUGGAGGCUUAAUCUUCGGCCCCGCCGCCACCCACUGGUACCGCAUCCUCAACUCGCGCAUCACCCUCUCCAGCGCCCCCCGCAGCAUCGCCGCACGCAUCGCAGCGGACCAAUUCGUCUUCGCGCCCGUCAACCUCGCGCUGUUCCUCUCGAGUAUGUCGUACCUCGAGGGCGGGGACCCGAAGGAGAAGCUAAGAAGGGCCUGGCUGCCCGGGUACGUGAAUAAUUGCCUGCUGUGGCCGUGGGUGCAGGCGGUGAAUUUCAGCGUCGUGCCGUUGGAGCAUCGGGUUUUGGUUGUGAAUUGUGUUGCGCUGGGUGAGUGGGAAGUUUCGUUUUUUUGGUGAUGUAUUUUUGUUCUUCUCUUUCCUUUUUUCCCCUCGAGUUUCCUUAUUCCGUCGUCAUACUUUUUUUAUUGUCGAGCAUGAGAGGUAUGGAUAUGCUGCAAAAACGGGAAGGGAGAAGACGAAGAGGAAGCAGGAAGCGGGAAGAUUUCGAAGAGGUAUCCGUUGAUGACUUGGGCACGAAAAAGCAAGGUGACGGCCGGCAUAGCCUCGAAACCUGUAGGAGCCGAAAGUGUGUCUGGGCUCACGGAGUGAUCGCGUUAAACUACUGGAAAGUAACCCAAACACUAACGGAUCUCCCUAGGAUGGAACUGCUACCUCAGCUACCUCAACAGCUCCGGCGGCAGCGCCUCCGACACCCAGGCUCCGCGUGUGAAGAAAGCGUAGCACUGUCGGUCAGUUGUGCAGCGUUUAGCUACCUGGGAAUGGAAUAGAGGUGGAG